CCCAUCUCUAACGGGGAAUAAAUAAAAAUAUAUUUGUUAUAGGAAAUUAUUAAUUAAGAGGGCAGUAAUUUUUAUAUUAUUCUUUAUUAAAUGGAUUGUAGUAACACCUCUUGUCAAACAAAAAAGAAAUGUGACGAAUUACAUUCUGCUAAACAUGUCCAAUAUAUAAUAGACCAUGGAAAUAAUCAGGAGGAUUUUGAGUAUUGCAUGACUCAGUUUUUGAGAAUGUCUGGCGUAUACUGGGGUGUAACUGCUUUAGAACUUCUUAAUGAAAUUUCUAAUUUAAAUAAGGAAUCUAUUAUAAAAUUUAUUAAAGAAUGUCAAAGCAAAGACGGUGGAAUAUCUGCAUCUAAAGGUCAUGAUCCCCAUAUCCUGUAUACUCUGUCAGCAGUUCAAAUUUUGUGCAUUUAUGAUAGUUUAGACGAAAUCGAUGUUGAUAGUAUUGUAAAAUAUGUAGCGUCCCUUCAACAGCCUGAUGGAAGCUUCUUCGGAGAUAAAUGGGGAGAAGUCGAUACCCGUUUUUCGUUUUGUGCAGUUGCGAUUUUAACUUUAUUGAAACGAUUACAUUGCAUUAAUGUGCCUAAAGCUGUAGAAUUUGUUUUAUCUUGCUGCAAUUCAGAUGGCGGUUUUGGUUCAAAGCCAAAUGCUGAGUCACAUGCUGGAUUAAUUUAUUGUUGUGUAGGGUUUUUAUCUAUUACUAAACAAUUACACCGUUUAGAUAGUGAAAAAUUAGCUUGGUGGCUUUGUGAAAGGCAGUUAAGCAAUGGGGGACUGAACGGACGCCCAGAAAAGUUGUCUGAUGUUUGUUAUUCAUGGUGGGUUUUAGCAUCAUUAUCAAUUCUAGGAAGACUUCAUUGGAUAGAUGGAGAGAAACUGAAAGAAUUUAUUCUUUCAUGUCAGGAUAGUGAAGUCGGUGGAUUUAGUGAUAGAAGUGGAAAUUUACCUGAUGUUUUUCAUACAAUUUUUGGUUUGGGUGCGCUGUCAUUAUUAGGUCAUCCAAAUUUAUCUAAAAUAAAUCCAACUUUCUGCAUGCCGCAGUAUGUUUUGGAUCGUUUAAAUAUCAAUCCACAAACAAUAUGCGCCUGAACAAAGAAUAAUCAAAUUAAUCCUUUUGCACAAAUAAAUUAACUAUUUAAUAAGUAUUAAGUUUUGAAAUUACUGCAAAAAAAGAUUGAGAUAGCUAAAAUGUAUUUUCUUCUUCAAUUAAAAUUAUAAGAUUUGGGGAAAUAAACCUGUAUGUAUGUAAAUACGUAUGUGCAUAUCGACAAUUACUGUUUAUUUCUUUAAGAUACUAUAUUACUAUAUUUAUGUAUAAUUUAUUGUUGAAUUCAAAUAAAUUGCCGAACAAA